AUGCUGCGCGUCGUUCUGCUGACUGGUGAGCCAGUGGCCACGUUCGAUGACGAGGAUGUCGCGCUUUUGGGCCCCAGCUUGCCUUGCUUCACAUCCUCCCUGAAGAAGUAUUUGCAGCCUCUUCUCGGGGCCUCCGCUUGCAGGCAAAGGCUGUUGUGCAACGGAACAGUGCUGUUUGACGAUUGCUCGUACGAGGACAUCGGGAUGCCGGAGGAGCUCAAGGUCUUGGUCGUUCCUUACACCGGGGAGAACCCACGGGAGCUGAUGAUGGCCGUGAAGGAGGGUAACGAGUGCGAGGUGAGGCGGGCCCUGGAGAAGGGUAUCGACCCCAAUAUCGAGGAGCUGUUGAGCGAGCACGACUUCCAGGCUUUUACGCCUCUCUACUGUGCUGCUCUGAGCGGACGCCUCGACCUUGUUAAACUCCUUCUCGACGCUGGUGCCGACAAGGACCAGGGCGGAUUUUCAACGCCCCUCGUCGUCGCCUCGCAGAAGGGCCACCUUGACAUCGUUGAGUACUU